UGAGAUGGUGAACCGGUAAGAGGAGCUGGAGGGACUCGGAGGAAACGAAAGCCCUCUGGUUUCGGUCCUGGGUGAAGUGUUCGGGCGCGGAGACGUGUUUAUUCCUUCAGCUGUAGGAGGAGGAGAGGAGAGGGGCAUUUAAAGCCGCAGGAGUGGUGGCAGUGUUAGCUAAAGGGAAGGGAAGAAGAAAAACAGACUCCGGGGAGUUUUAGGAGGUCAUCUGGGAGCAAUUAGUUACAGAGAGACGAAGAAGGAGAAGAAGAUAACCGCCUGAAAGCUUGGUGUGUAUCUGCAGGAGAGAGAGAGAGAGAGAGAGCUGAACCGAAUGAACCCGAGGCCGGGCUGACCCAGCCGGAGAGAGAGAGAGAGACACACACACACACACACACACACUCUCAGCCUUCCUCCUGCACGGGAGUCUAACCUCCAGCAAUCCAGGCAGAGACCUCAUGAAUGGAAAUCAGCACUUCAGGAGCCGUUGGGGCUGCGCCCCUGUUCUCCAUGCCACGCAGGCCUGGCUAUGGCACCAUGGGCAAACCCAUCAAGCUGCUGGCCAACUGCUUUCAGGUGGACAUCCCGAAGAUGGACGUCUACCUGUACGAGGUGGACAUCAAACCCGAGAGAUGUCCACGCCGUGUCAACAGGGAGGUCGUGGACUCCAUGGUGCAGCAUUUUAAAGUGACCAUCUUUGGAGACAGAAGGCCGGUCUAUGAUGGCAAGAGGAGCCUGUACACAGCACAACCUCUACCGGUUGCUGCAGGUGGAGUAGACCUUGAUGUGACCUUGCCUGGGGAAGGAGGCAAGGAUCGGCCCUUUAAAGUCUCUAUCAAGUUUGUGUCUCUGGUCAGCUGGCACAUGCUGCACGAGGUGCUGACUGGUCGGACCAUGCCCGAGCCUCUGGACCUGGAUAAGCCGAUCAGCACCAACCCUGUGCACGCCGUAGACGUGGUGCUGCGCCACCUGCCCUCCAUGAGGUACACACCAGUGGGCCGGUCCUUCUUUUCAUCUCCAGAAGGUUAUGAUCAUCCAUUGGGCGGUGGCAGGGAGGUGUGGUUCGGGUUCCACCAAUCAGUGAGGCCUGCUAUGUGGAAGAUGAUGCUGAAUAUAGACGUGUCUGCUACGGCGUUCUACAAAGCCCAGCCGGUGAUCCAGUUCAUGUGUGAGGUCCUGGACAUCCAUAACAUUGACGAGCAGCCACGCCCUCUCACAGACUCCCACAGAGUCAAAUUCACCAAAGAAAUCAAAGGUCUGAAGGUGGAAGUGACUCACUGCGGCACCAUGAGGAGGAAGUACCGGGUGUGUAAUGUCACCCGUCGGCCUGCCAGCCACCAAACGUUUCCAUUGCAACUGGAGAACGGGCAGACUGUGGAGAGAACAGUGGCGCAGUACUUCCGUGAGAAAUACAGCCUACAGCUCAAAUAUCCACACCUACCCUGUCUGCAGGUGGGCCAGGAGCAGAAACACACAUAUCUGCCCCUAGAGGUGUGUAAUAUCGUAGCGGGCCAGCGCUGCAUUAAGAAACUGACGGAUAACCAAACUUCCACCAUGAUUAAAGCCACAGCUCGAUCAGCACCGGACAGGCAGGAGGAGAUCAGCCGGCUGGUACGAAGUGCAAACUACGAGGCUGACCCGUUCGUGCAGGAGUUCCAGUUCCGCGUCAGGGAUGAGAUGGCCGAAGUGACCGGCCGCGUAUUGCCCGCCCCCAUGCUGCAGUACGGCGGCAGGAAUCGUACAGUGGCCACUCCGAGCCAUGGUGUAUGGGACAUGAGAGGGAAGCAGUUCCACACCGGUGUUGAAAUUAAAAUCUGGGCCAUCGCCUGCUUCGCCACUCAGAGACAGUGCAGGGAGGAAAUCCUCAAAAGCUUUACCGAUCAGCUGCGUAAAAUUUCAAAAGACGCCGGGAUGCCAAUUCAGGGCCAGCCGUGCUUCUGCAAGUACGCUCAGGGAGCAGACAGUGUAGAGCCUAUGUUCAGACACUUGAAGAACACCUAUGCUGGCCUGCAGCUCAUCAUCGUCAUCCUGCCUGGGAAAACACCCGUCUAUGCGGAGGUGAAGCGUGUCGGAGACACUCUCCUUGGGAUGGCCACCCAGUGUGUCCAGGUAAAGAACGUGGUAAAGACAUCGCCGCAGACUCUCUCGAACCUCUGCCUUAAGAUCAACGUCAAGCUAGGUGGCAUCAACAACAUCCUGGUUCCUCAUCAACGUCCGUCCGUCUUCCAGCAGCCGGUCAUUUUUCUAGGUGCUGAUGUCACUCAUCCGCCUGCUGGAGAUGGCAAGAAGCCGUCCAUCGCUGCGGUGGUGGGCAGCAUGGAUGCUCACCCGAGUCGUUACUGUGCCACGGUGCGUGUGCAGAGGCCCAGGCAGGAGGUCAUCCAGGACCUGGCCUCCAUGGUCCGAGAGCUCCUCAUCCAGUUCUACAAAUCCACGCGCUACAAGCCCACACGCCUCAUCUUCUACAGAGACGGCGUGUCCGAGGGACAGUUCAGACAGGUGCUCUAUUAUGAGCUGCUGGCCAUUCGGGAAGCCUGUAUAAGUCUGGAGAGAGAGUACCAACCGGGCAUCACGUAUAUUGUUGUGCAAAAACGCCACCAUACACGCCUUUUCUGCGCUGACCGUAACGAGAGGGUUGGACGGAGUGGAAACAUUCCAGCCGGCACUACAGUUGACACCGACAUUACGCACCCCUAUGAGUUUGACUUUUACCUCUGCAGUCAUGCCGGAAUACAGGGCACAAGUCGGCCUUCACACUACCAUGUGCUAUGGGACGACAACUGCUUCACGGCCGACGAGUUCCAGCUGCUCACCUACCAGCUGUGCCACACAUACGUACGCUGCACACGCUCCGUCUCCAUCCCAGCGCCGGCCUACUACGCCCACCUAGUGGCCUUCCGUGCCCGCUACCACCUGGUCGACAAGGAGCAUGACAGUGCGGAGGGCAGUCAUGUGUCCGGACAGAGUAACGGUCGUGACCCCCAAGCUCUGGCCAAAGCUGUGCAGAUUCACCACGACACUCUGAGGACCAUGUACUUCGCCUAGCCCCUCCUUCUCCUCUUCCUCCUCUUUCCCAACUGCACUCACCUGUCACUCACAUGACACCAUGCACUGAAGCCCACCCCCCCCCGACAAGUCUCGGGCCGCUCUGCUGCUAAAACAAACCAAACGCAACUACAACCAAGGGGAGGGGUGGGAAUUAACACUGUUAUGCAAUACAAUAGCUCGAAGAGAAAAAAAAAAACAGCCAGGCUUCUCUAAGGGCCUGCUUCUUUCCUUUUUCCUGUGUAGAUCUUUGUCAGAAUCCUGAGAAAGGUAUGGCAUUUGUACUCGUAUUUAUUAGCAUUGAGUUUAUCUGUGUCUGUCUGUCUCUUUAACCGCAUGGAGAGCUUUUAAUCUUAUUGGUCUAGAGUUAAAUUUAAAGAGCAGAAAUUAUGGCAAGCGAUGUGAUGUUUGUUAGAUGGAAAGGUCAAACGAUUUCACUCACCACGGGAGGACGAUGUGGUGAUCGAUCCCAGCAACCGUUAAAAUCGUUAACAUGUUAGAAUGAAUUAACACUAUCGCACUUAAUAUCAGCAGGGCUAUGCAAUAUGAUCUAUACGAUACAAUACAAUACAAAACGAUACUGUAUAUGCCACAGCUAAUCACAGCCAUGCUGACAUUUAGUACAAAAGCAUGAUUGUUAGCGUGACGUUACUUUUGUACGACAGAUUUUUAAAGAGAAAAUAUUAUCAAAUAACUGACAUUUUAGACAUACUGUGGCCAAAUAUAUUAGGGUUUUAUUGAUUUAUUUUUGUUUAGUUUUUUUUUUUUUUAAUCAUGUUUUUUUUUCUUCCCAGUAAUAAGACAGUACUUAGGACACGAGUGAUGCAAACAGUGAAACGUCCCAGUGCCGUUAGGCUAAAUAUCAGCACUCUUGAAAUGCUGCUUGUCCGAUCAAAUUAGUGGACUGGCUGCUAUAUAAAUUUGGAUUAUUGUAGGUAAAGUGAUGUGAAAUUAUAUCCAAAAUAUUCUGGGGUUUUUUAAUUAUUUAAACUAAUGAAACUAGUAAGAAGAAUCUUCUAUAAUUUUAUAUACACUGCCUGGACUGAAAAUGCCAUCAGGAGAGAAAAAUAAAACCCUAUCACACAGAUUACACAGUGAUAACCUGGUGAUUCAGUACAUUCAGGUCAACGAUGCAUGAUGGGAGCAUCGCUUUACUUCUUAUCCUGACGCUCUGGAAUCUGGACUCAUCAGACCUGGCCUUUUUUAAUUGCUACAAAGUCCAAUCCUUAAGCUCCCACAACAAAUUAAAGCAUGUGGUUUUUUUUUAUGGCCACACACUGUUUAGUCCCAAUCCUGCGAGUUCACAUCACACCUUUUUCUGUAAUGCAACUUUUUCUUUCCCCCCAAAAGUUGGCAGGUCAGCGCUGUCUCUCCAGGUUUUAAUAAUGUGCUGGACAGUUCUUUACCAAAUUCCAUUUGAUCCCAGCCAAUAACUUUGAACCAUCUAAAAUUACAACCUUUUUUUGUUUGUUUGUUUUUUGUGCCAGGCAGUUUAUAUGAAAUUUAGUCCUUAUUAAUAAAAUAUCAUAUUCUGGGCACAGAACAGAUUUUAGCUUAAUAAUUCUCUUACACUGUACAACCUGAUUUGGGAUUUAUUAUAAUUUUUUUUUAUCUAAGUGCCCAUUUCCACUGUUUGCACACUUGCAUAAUUGUGUGUGUGUGUGUGUGUGUGUAUGAAAGAGAGGGAAAGAGCAUGAAGGUUUUAGAAGUAACUUCAUUGUCCAAGUUAUCGGUUGUAAGACUUGGACAUGUGCAUCAGUGCACCUCUCAGCCUUGUAUCUGUUUAUGA